GGACAAGCAGAGUACAUGAUGCUAAAGAAGUACUAGCUUGUCAAUCGGGGACUACUGCAACUGCUUCACAGCAAGCUGGCGCUGGUGCUGCCAUUACUAUGCCUAGUACAGACGCGGUUUCUAUUGUCAGUCCGCUUGGUCCGAAGAGUUCUGGUUCGUGUCGUGUGUAUUCUCUACAGACACAGCGGUGGGAGUGGCGAUACGCGGAAGUCGUGGAAAGUGGACGCUUAGCGCUUUACGUUACUGAGGGGUGUGCGCGGCAAGGAAAUAGCCAACUUCGUGUUUGCUCCUACGUGAAAAACGACAAAGUACUGUGUGCCCUGGAUCUUCUGCAAACAGACAUCUCCCAUACAGGCGGGCGGGUUUUGCGUUUCAUCUUCGCUCAACAGGCUGCUUUUGGGACCGGGAUAGCGGGGGGCGCAUCGCAUCAAUUCGCGAACUCGUCGUGUGCCAUUACAACGACUCCGAGGAACACAUUGCCGAUAAACAAUAGAAAGGAGGGAUCGGAUACGGAUGUGCCUACUUCUAGUACAACAACAUCGCUAGAAGCAGACACUAAAUAUUUUGCGAGUGGACUGCCGAGUUCUUGUGUUGGAUAUUCAUUUUCACCCGCUUCGUCUUCUAGCACCAAGGCAAGGGGUGGCAAUGCUUCUGGUUUUGGCACAGCUCCUGCAUCCGCGAGUAUGGCAGCUGGAGGCGGUAGUGGUAGCUCAACGCCAGGCGCGCCCUCUUCUCUGCACUUGAGCAUCGAGUUCGAUGAUGUGAACGGAUGGGCAUUUGCGCUGAAUGCCGCCCAGGUUCGCGCUUGUUCAACCAGAACCAGUGCCGAGAAAUGCCAACUCCUUAGCCAGUUCUUGGAUUAUCUGCGUGAUGGUACUAGAAGUGGCGCGUCGUCUUCUUCCACCUUGACCGGAGUUGUUGGAAAUGUGGUUCAAGAAGGCCAGAAGUCUCCGCCAAAGAACCAUGAAGAUGACUGUCUCUUUGAGAAAGUAGAGGACAAUGUGAGUCUGCGACACAUUGUUGGUGACCUGCUACUUUUGCGUGGCAGCAGGAGGAAACAAAUGAUUUAUUCGCGAUCCGUUGCUUUCGCCUCUUUAGUGAUAGGAAAAACGCGACAUCGAGAAAAAAAUGUGCACCUAGCUGUCUUUUUGCCUCCAAGAACUGGCGCAACAACUAGCAGCAGUGGUACACGAAUACCGAAAACCUCCAAAGCAAGGAUAAGGAACAACAGCAAGGUCGUUGAAGUCGUGGAAUCCGACUUCGCGUUGCAGUCUUCAAUAUUUGUCUCACCGCGAAACUUUCGUGGACCAACGUGGCUAAUUCGUAUCUCCGCAGUUCUUAGAGCUGAGUUUCUGGGCUUGUCGUUGAAAGGCAGCGGAUACAAACUGCGACUGUGGAUUGCACAGCAGGAAGGUGAAGAUGAGAGCAGUCUUCCUGCCACCAGCCUCGCAGUCGCAGACGAGAAGAUAGAUUUACAUCUACAGCCUCCUAUCCAUAAUGGCCCCCACACGACAAGAAGGUAUGACCCUACUUUGCAGCAGACGGGUGUUCUCAUCGUCAAUAAUGUCGGUGAUCUUUUGGACGCAGCAGGCUCGAUGUUAGAGGAAACCAGAAAAGAUAUGGCGAAACCGGCUCCAUCGAUGGCCAUGCAGUCUAACUCGAAUAGCGAUGGGCAACAUGGCAAUGACGAUGCGUCCUUGAUAUUUGAAGAUGGGAAUGUGAACAGCACCAAUGAGAAUUCAGGCAGCAUGCUGAUGAGGAGAGACAUCGUGUCCCUAACACGAGCGCCAGCGGCCAUGCUCAAUCUCGGUUCUGAGACGGUCUCCCGUUGCUCGUCCGCAGCGAGUCUUCUCCCGGGAGGUGUCCGCGGGUCCGAGGUAGCACCAUUGCCCUUGUUGGAUUCUAAAGACGAGCGCACUCGCC